AACGUUCUUUACUACAUAACAACAUAUGACAGAGAACCGAUCUGUUUCAGUGGGAACAGGUUACACAUCACUCCUCCCAGGUCAUUUCAUCUGUCCAUCCGAUUCGGUCCCUUGCUCGGUCCCUUGCUCGGGCAGCUGGUCGCUGUUCAGGUUCGCCUGUGCUUUUACUUCCGGGUUUGACUAGUCCGAUCGCCAUGCGUCAACCAACCAUGCCGGGUCUGGAGGAAUCUUAGGUGUGGAUCAUACAAAACUUGGUAGUAUCAUAAUGCGGCCAGUACUUGCAUCGGGAGAACGUUGAACCUAGGCCUUCAUUGUUCAACACGUACCUCAAAUUCUUCUAGGUUGAAUUGACCCCUUCGGCGCCGCAACUUUUAUCCCAAGCAGUUUUAUCAAAAAUACGUAAGAGAAGGUAUUAUAAAACAAUUUUGUCAAACUGUGAGACCUCAACGACGGACUCUCAGCAGCAUUGGUGAUGGCAAAAGUUCGUUCCGUGUAUACCUGGUUUCUAGCGGCCUUGGUGUCGUUUUGUGCGGCACUCGAUGCUGAGCUUGUCAUCACAAACGCCAAGAUCGCCCCCGACGGUUAUUUCAUCGAUGCUAUCGUAGUCAAUGGUCAAACCCCUGGACCAGUCCUCACUGCACAAAAGGGCGAAAGCUUUUCAAUAAACGUCACGGAUUUGUUGGUGGACGAGUCGAUGAACAAGAGCACGAGUGUGCAUUGGCACGGGAUCAAGCAGUAUGGAUCGGCCGAAAUGGAUGGAACAGCCAUGGUGACCCAGUGCCCCAUCGCGUCCGAAAAUUGGUUCAUGUAUGAGUUCACACCAGUAAAUCAGACUGGGUCAUUUUGGUAUCAUUCACAUUUCCAGCUCCAGUACUGCGAAGGUUUGAGAGGAGCCUUGGUCAUCUAUGACCCAAUGGAUCCCUACCUGGGCAUGUAUGACGUUGAUAACGAAACGACCAUCAUUACUCUCAUGGAUUGGUACCACGUGAACGCCUACGACGUCGCCUUUGGCGAAAAUCCUGCUUCGACUCUCAUCAAUGGUGCGGGCCGUUUUGAAUAUGGGCCACCGGUGCCUCUUUCUGUCGUGACUGUCGUGGCAGGAACACGCUACCGCAUUCGAUUAAUGAAUAUGGCAUGCAGAUCAAACUUCGUGUUUACGAUUGACAACCACGUUUUUACGGUCAUCGAGGCGGACAGUGACCUCACGAUGCCUCUGGAAGUCGACUCGAUCCAGAUUUUGGCCGGGCAACGGUACUCUUUCAUCCUAGUUGCAAACCAGCCGGUCGACAACUACUGGAUUCAUGCACUGCCCAAUUAUGAUACGACCUUUGCAGGGGGUCUCAACUCUGCGAUACUGAGAUAUGUUGGAGCUCCGGACACAGAUCCCAUCGUCAGAUAUUGGAAUACGACCAACCCUUUGUUGGAACAGAACUUGCACGCGCUGGAAGACCCCGCAGCUCCUGGUGGUUCGGAGCCCGCAGACGUGGCGAUAAAUCUAGAAAGCGUAUGGGAUGACAACUUCAAAUUUCUCAUCAAUGGCUACAGCUAUACCCCGCCCUCCACCCCAGUCUUGCUGCAAAUUCUAAACGGAAAUUUGGACACUUCUGACCUGGAUCCCUAUGGAUCGAUUUACACCUUACCUGCCAACAAAACUAUCGAGUUGUCUGUACCCGGCGGAUCGCCUGAGUUCCCGCAUCCCUUCCACUUACAUGGACACACCUUCUCUGUUGUAAGAAGCGCUGGAAGCGACACCUACAACUACGAUAAUCCUGUCCGACGGGAUACGACGAGCAAUGGUGAUUCAUCAAGUGACAAUGUGACAAUUCGCUUUAGAACCGAUAAUCCAGGACCAUGGUUCUUUCACUGCCACAUUGACUUCCACUUGGCAGAGGGUAUGGCUGUGGUCUUCGCAGAGGAUACCAAAGAUAUUGCAUCACACGUAAACGCAUCAAGCACGUGGAAGCAGUUAUGUUCGACCUACGACGCCUUGCCUCCAACGGCACGAGCCGUGGAGCGGCAUCGCCGACAGCAUGUGAAGCACCAGAUAGGUCAUUGAUUUUCUGUGCAGCCUUCGAAUACCCGCAUACUUUAUUAGAAUUACGCCAGUAUGGGUUAGUUUAUCCUUUAUAAUUUAUGAUACCCGCAGCACUUCAAAUUGAUGAUGUCCCUGCCAUGGAGUAUGUCCGAGGAUAUUGGCUGCUUAUGUGUUUCACUGCUUCGUUGCUACCUGGUUGCCAAACUCUCCUGGUUCCUGGUGGGCGUUGGUUGCCUUCAUCUAGGCCCUGCAUCCUCCAAAUUUCCAUGGACCUUUCUGCGCAUCACUCGGCCGCAGUCUCCACACAACCGCGUCCGGUUAUUAUUCUGCCUCCUGUUCUUUUGCACAAGGAAAAAAUGGCGCGCCGAACAUUUGGACAAUUG